AUACGUACAUUCUCGCAACCGUCUCCGACCGAAAGUCCAUUCAUUCCUAUGUGAUUCUCCGUAAUGUCCGUUUUUCCUCCGAGACUCCUCCCCUCCGUAAAAUUUCUCUCCGGAAUGUCCGUAAUAUACGUUCAAAAAAUUGAACUUUCGCCGUCGUUUUACGGAGAUACCGGAUGAAAGUUUUGCUAGCUCGCUUGCUUUUGAGUUUGGAAGACAAAUUGUGAGUAUUUCUGUUUUCAGAUCCUCUAUACUUCAUCAUUUUGAUAUGAAAUGGUUAUAAUGGUUACAGAUCAGUUUAAUAUAUCAUAUGUUUUACAUAAAUAACGGUCAGAUAUCUGUUUGAUCAUUCGUUUGUAUGAGUUUAAUAUAAAAUACAGUCGGAUUUGAUUGUAUGUUGAUUGUAUUAUUUGUAUAGGCCUAAUUUAUGGCUAUGGAUACCCCUAAUUAUAUAAUUAUAGUCUACUGCUGUGAUUUCCCUCAAUAAUUUUAGCGCUCAUUUUUAUUUUUGUUAAAUAGACUUUGCGAUGACACCAACACGAGUGAGAGUGCUCGCCAUCGCUUAUCUAUAUUGGCGCAAUCGCCAGAGAUGGCAGAGACGCAGGGCAUCAUGCUGGACAAGGUAGUUUUUGGCCAAGCGCUUGGAGUUGGGCGCUUAUCACCGGCUGGUCCAGGAGCUGCGACUCGGGGAUGGAGAUGCUUUUAAAAACUUCUUCCGACUGCCCAAGCUGAUGUUCGAUUCUGUUCUGUCCGUCGUGGGUCCAAAAAUCGCUCGGCAGGAUACCACCUACCGCCAGGCGAUCUCCCCUGCGGAGCGCCUGGCAAUCUGUUUGAGAUACCUGGCAACAGGGGACUCCUACAAGUCCUUGGGGUACAGCUUUCGGGUUGGUGUUUCCACAAUCUCACGCAUCGUGCCAGAGGUCGCAAAUGCCAUCUGGGAUGGCUUUGUGAGCACUCACAUGCAGAUGCCAAAAGAGGAGGAAUGGAGAGCCAUCGCAGAGGAGUUCGAGAAGGAGUGGGACUUUCCCAACUGCAUUGGUGCGAUAGAUGGGAAACACGUCACGAUCCGGGCUCCACCCUGCUCAGGUUCCAUGUACCACAAUUAUAAGGGGACCUUCUCGAUUGUGUUGCUGGCAGUAGUGGAUGCAAACUACUGUUUCCGGAUGGUGGACGUCGGUGCCUAUGGGAAAGGGAGUGAUGGCGGUACCCUGAGAGCAUCUGCCUUCGGAAAAGCCCUUCAAGGGGCUCGUCUGGUGGUCGAGUGUGCCUUUGGGAUCCUUGCAUCCAGGUUCCGCAUGUACUACCGAGUGAUGGGGCAAAAUCCUGAGCAUGUGGAAGCCUGUGUAAAGGCAACCUGCAUCCUCCACAACCUGCUGAGGUCAACAGAGGCCACACGUCCAUCAAGUGACGAAGCAGUCCCCUUGGAAGGAGGCAGGCGUCUUGGAACCAACAACUCCACCAAGGAAGUGAUGCAGGAGAGGGAGAGGUUCAUGACCUACUUCAACAGCGCUGCUGGCGAGGUUUCAUGGCAGAAUAAUGUAGUUUGA